GUCUUGCACAGGUGUACUGGCUCCUCCCCUUCAGUCUUGCACAGGUGUACCGGCUCCUCCCCUUCAGUCUUGCACAGGUGUACCGGCUCCUCCCUUUCAGUCUUGCACAGGUGUACUGGCUCCUCCCCUUCAGUCUUGCACAGGUGUACCGGCUCCUCCCCUUCAGUCUUGCACAGGUGUACCGGCUCCUCCCCUUCAGUCUUGCACAGGUCUGCCGACUCCUCCCCUUCAGUCUUGCACAGGUGUAUCGGCUCCUCCCCUCCAGUCUUGCGCAGGUGUACCGGCUCCUCCCCUCCAGUCUUGCGCAGGUGUACCGGCUCCUCCCCUCCAGUCUUGCACAGGUGUACCAGCUCCUCCCCUUCAGUCUUGCGCAGGUGUAUCGGCUCCUCCCCUACUGUCUUGCGCAGGUGCAGCGGCUCCUCCCCUCCAGUCUUGCGCAGGUGCAGCGGCUCCUCCCCUCAAGUCUUGCGCAGGUGUAGCGGCUCCUCCCCUUCAGCCUUGCACAGGUGUACCGGCUCCCCCCCUUCAGUCUUGCACAGGUGCGCCGGCUCCUCCCCUCCAGUCUUGCACGGGUCU